CUCUGCUGCCGCCGCCGCCGCCGCCGCCGCCUGAGAGCCUGCCUUCUGCACCGCCGCCUCCUUCGCAGCCUCCCCCGCUUCCCUCAUCUCUUUGGGAGCCUACUGCUCCGCCACCCCCUCUACGCGACUUGGGCCCUCUUGCCCUGAGAAGAAGCUUUAUUCGGCCUCGGUCGCGGGGCCGGAGCGCAGCCAUGGCUGACGGCGGCGGGGGAACGGGCGCGGUGGGCGGUGGCGGAGCGGGCCCGGCCUCCGCAGGGGCAGCGUCGGGCGUGACAGGCGCCGGCGGCAGCGGCGGCCCCAUCAACCCCGCGUCGCUGCCCCCCGGCGACCCGCAGCUCAUCGCGCUCAUCGUGGAGCAGCUCAAGAGCCGGGGCCUGUUUGACAGCUUCCGCCGGGACUGCCUGGCCGACGUGGACACGAAGCCAGCUUACCAAAACCUGAGGCAGAAAGUGGAUAAUUUUGUGUCAACACAUCUGGACAAGCAGGAAUGGAACCCCACGAUGAACAAAAACCAGUUGCGAAAUGGUCUGAGGCAGAGCGUGGUUCAGUCAGGGAUGUUGGAAGCCGGAGUAGACAGAAUUAUUUCUCAGGUGGUGGAUCCAAAACUAAACCACAUCUUCAGGCCUCAGAUAGAACGAGCAAUUCAUGAAUUCCUGGCAGCCCAGAAAAAAGACGCCACGCCAGCGCCUCCUCCAGAGCCUGAGAGCCAGGACCCUGCAGCUCCAUCCCAGGACACGUCAUAAGAAAAUGCCUGACAUCUGCUAAAAGCUCCUUCUUCCUAAUUAACGGUGAAGAAAUGUCUUCAACUGCACAGGAGUACAGCUUCUGAAUGAAGAUAGUCCAAGGUCUUCACCAAUUUCAAGAUUCCAUCCUUGACUGGGCAGUGUCCAGACUAACAGGGAGCAAGUUUGGCAGUGGGAAAAUGGACAGGGUGCCCCUGGACUGUGCGGCCACUGGCUAGCCCGUCCUAGGGGGUGACACCAGGUGGCACUACAGAGAGAUAAACACUACAGCAGCUUGCUGUUGUCCUGAAACACACCUUUAUACUUGAACUUGGAGAUUGCAUACAGAUUUUAGGGUCUGUGUGCUAGGAUAAACAAAAGCUACAGUGAAGGAACAUUGAUGUGGUCCCAGAGAUGCAAUGUCAACAAGCAACAGGAAACAUUAGCUGGGAGUAGGGAUUUGGCAGUGUUUGAUAUUGUUUCUUAGAGUUGCAAACUAGAAUGUACAAACCAUUAGAAUCAAAUAGCUUUAAAGUCCUGGUGACCUUCUUGUACAUGAAUGUUCUCUCCAGUUUCUUCUCUUGGUACGAGGUGAGAAAACAUGGAGCGCUAGAAUGAGGGAGGAAGCUCAGACCUUAAGUAUAAGGAAAAACAGUGGCUGACCAGGCUUCUUCCUGCCCUACAAGGACUAGUAAGUCUUGGUGUGUUCCUUUUUUCCCCAUUUUUGUGUGGUUUUUUUUUUUUUUUAGAGAAGUGAAUUAUCAUUAAAUGACUUAAGUUUGAUACUCUUGCUGUGAAGCUUUCACUGACUCUUAGGCUGCAGGGCUGGGAAGGGUCACUUUUUCCUCUGCCUCGCUGCUGCUCUUGUCCUGUGCACUGCAUGUGGUUGAAUGGCAGCGAAAGGUGGGGAGACAUGGUUUGGAUCUACCCUCACCCUGAAACUGAUGCUGGGAGCGGGCAGGCAGUUCCUGCUCCCCAGGUCUGUUACUGGCCCUGGUCUUUAGUGAAGGAUCAGUGUUUCUCACAUGCAGGUGUACAGAAGCAUUACCUAGGGGUCUGGGGAGAAUGCUAGUUCUGACUCAGCGGGUCAGGGCUGGGACUUGAGGGUCUGCAUUUCUAGCCCUCCCAGUGUUGCUGAUGCAGCUGGCCCUGGGAGUACACUCUGUAGCAAGCCUUGGAUCUGAUCAACACUUACUUAAACUAAGAGCCUUUGGUUUUUAGUUGAAUCAGCUACUGGAUAUUGCUAAUCUAAUAAACGUUAACCUAUUCAGUUGAGUCUCUGUUAAAACGAAUGUUCUACUUUUGCCAUAAACAUCCCUAAAUAUCUAUAGGACUGUUUUGCUGUAUUCAUUGAGAUGUGUUGGCAGCAUGUGCCCUCUGUUAGCCAUGUUUCAGCCACCAAAAAAAAAAACCCAUUGCCUUAAGAGUCAAUUCUGACUUAUAGUGAUCCUAUAGGACAGAGUAGAACUGUCCCAUAGGGUUUCCAAGGAACAGUUGGUGGGCUUGAACUGCUGACAUUUUGCUUAGCAGCUGAGCUGUUAACCACUGCACCACGAGGGCUCUGUGUUUGAGCCAGGUGGCAUUUAUAUCUGAAUUAUCUUCUGUUUCCUGCGUCUUGACUGGCUUAAUUCCGUCAGCUAACGUAGGCUGCUGUCCUCUUGAGUAACCAAAGUUUUCAGUGCCCAGAGGAGGGGUGCCCCCUAGUCCUCUCCACUCUAUUGAUAGAAAAGUGUGGAGUGGCCAAUCUCACCAGCCUUGCUUUGCAAAGAAGCUUCUCAGACUAACCGUAGUGUCCUCUACUCAGAACAAUCUGCUAGACGAGCUUUCGGUGGAAAACUGGCAGCGAGGCAACUGCACAAGGGGCGAGUCUCGCUGGAGAGCCACUUUUCUGAUCCUCCCAACAUUCUGCCCACCCAACACUGGCCUCAACUCAGCAACAGAGGAGGGAAAAAUAGAGCAGCCUGGAGAAAAUGAUCCUUUCUACCUCCCAGUGCUCAAUUUACUACAUUUUGUGUAUUUUUUAGUAGGCAAUUUUUGGUCCUAUUUCUUACUUUACUAUUUUUAUUACCAGAGAAAGGUGUACCAGUUGAUGGGAAACAGCCUAAUUUUCACAGAACAGUAAAUAUGCCAAAAUAACAAAGGGUUUCUUUUUCAUUUUUCUUUUUUUAAAUCAUUGUGUUAAAUUCACUAAGGGUUACCAAGGCUAGAGUUGAUUUCAUUUAAGAAAAUGGAGCAGAAUUUUACCAGGUUUCGGAAGUAACUAGUCACGUAACUAUUGGUGUACAAUAAACAUUUUCAUUGAGGAAACCUUUUAGGGAAGUGGGUGAUAUUGGAUGGAAAUGAAAGCGUGAUAAUUAGUGGAUCCAUCGGUGCUCCUUCUCAUAACUUUUGAGGGGUAAGACCUCAUGUCAUUUUUCUUUGGCUUGCCCCUUAAGUCCUUCGCAAUGACUUUGGCUCUUAGCUGAGGUGAAUCUCCAGGGAAGCAGUGCCCACAUACUUUUGGGCAAAGUAAUAUAUAGAUUGGCGGGCCUGGGAAGGUGAGUCAAGACAAAAACAGCAUCAACGGGCUAGGAAGAAAAGCCACCUCUUCUCCCUCCUUAGGAGCUGGUUACCAGCCAAACCUAUUUGCAACCUUAACUGAAUCUUGAUUCUCUGGGUAGUUGGGUUAGUCAAGCAAAGCCUAAAAAAAGCAUAUGUUGAGGUAAAGUGGAAAAAGCCCCCCACAAAGAGGGCUAAGCCAUUGGACGUGCCACUAAACACCAUUGCUGUAUUCAUUCAUAAGCCAAAAAUUGUCGCUGCUCUUUUCAGACUUGUAAAAACUGCCGUUUGCAAAACCCGGUGAGACACAGAUAUUACCAACAUUUGAAAACCUAUCAAAGCCUUAAGGAGCCCUGGUGGAGCAAUGAUUAAGUGCUCAGCUGCCAACUGAAAAGUUGGUUUAAACCCACCCAGGGCCUCUGCAGGAGAAAAGCCCUGCUCCCAUAACAAUUACAGGCUAGGAAACCCUAUGGGGUCGCUAUGAGUCAGAAUCAAGGCACAACAUCAGCCUUAGCGUUGUAGUCAGAGGGUUUAAUUUAGGAAUCUUACCCUUAAGAUGGAUUAAGGUGAAGAGGAUGGUGUCUCCUUUUGGAGCCUCGUUCUUAGGACCUGGGGCAGCUUCUGCAAUCGCUACUGGCCAUGUGGGGCUUCCAGUCUUUAGCUAAAAUGCGUGAGUGGUAUUGCCCAACUCACUGUUUCCAUCCAGUCAUGGUUUUAACGCUUUUUUUGGCUUUUUAGUGAAGUUUGUGGCUCCUCUAUCAGAUUUCCAGGAGUUUUACACUUUUUGCAUUAAAACCAAACCCAUUGCCAUUGAGUUGAUUCUGACUCAUAGCAACCCUGUAGGACGGAGUAGAACUGCCCCAUAGGGUUUCCAAGGCUGUAAUCCUAAUGGAAGCAGACUGCCACAUAUUUCUCCUGCGGAGCGACUGGUGAGUUCGAACAAACUUUCCCUUAGCAGAGCACUUAACCACUGUGCCACCAGGGCUCCUCAUUUUUUCCUUAACCUCUAUUUAAUACUCUCCAAGGUGGGGGGCAUUUUUUCUUAGGCCUUUUGUAUCACUAGCACAUGAACUGAGUAAAUACUAACAGAUAGCCAUGAGAGCCCAGAAAACCCACUGCCCUCUGGUUGAUUCCAACUCAUUGUGACCCUGUAAGAUAGAGAAGAAGUGCCCCGUAGGUUUUCCAAGGCUGGAAUCUUUACAAAAGCAGAUUGCCACAUCUUUCUGCUACAGAGAGGCUGGUGGGUUUGAACCACCAACGUUUUGGUUUACAGCUGAGCACUUUAACCACCAUGUCACCAGGGUGCCUUUCAUGACCUUUCAUGACAGUAGCAGUUCUCAAAUCUCAGUAACCAACUGACCUGUAACAGAGCCUGUAUCGUUACCUGGGAACUUGACAGAAAGGGCAUACUCUAGAGCCCCACUCCAGGCAUGCUGAGUCAGAAAUGGCUGCAGGUAGGGGCCCAACAAGCCCUCCAGGUGAUUCAGCUGUUGUUAGGUGCCCUCGAGUUGGCCCCGACUCAGAGAGACUCCGACUCAGUGACCCUGUGCGCAGCAGAGUGAAACGUUGCAUGGUUCUUAAAAAAAAAAAAGAACCUUAGCCAUCCUCAUAAUUGUUGCUGUGUUUGAGCCCGUUAUUGCAGCCACUGUGUCAUUCCAUCUCCUUGACGGUCUUCCUCUUUUUCACUGAGCCUCUACCGAGCAUGAUGUCUGUCUCCAGGGACUGAUCCUUCCUGAUAACAUGUCCAAAGUAAACAGGGCAAUGUCUUGCCAUCCUCACUUCUAAGGAGAUUCUGGUUGUACUUCUAAGACGGAUUUGUUCCUACUUUUGGCAGUCCAUGACAUAUUCAAUAUUCUUCACUAGCACAAUAAUCCAAAGGCAUCAAUUUUUCUUUGGUCUUUUUUAUUCACUGUCCAGCUUUCACAUGUAUAUGAGGCUAUUGAAAAUACCGUGGCUUGAGUCAGGUGAACCUUACCCUUCAAAGUGACUGCUUUUUAACACUUUAAAGACGUCUUUUGCAUCAGAUUUGUGCAAUGCGGUAUGUCCUUUGAUUUCUUGACUGCUGUUUCCAUGGGCCUUGAUUGUGGAUCCAAGUAAAAUUAAAUCCUUGACAACUUCAAUCUUUUCUCCAUUUAUCAUGAUGUUGCUUAUUGGUUCAUUUGUGAGGAUUUUUGUUUUCUUUAUGUUGAGGCGGUAGUCUUUGAUCUUCAUCAGUAAGUGCUUCAAGUCCUCUUCACUUUCAGCAAGCGAGGUUGUGUCAUCUGCAUACCUCAGAUUGUUAAGGAGCCUUCCUCCAAUCCUGAUGUCACAUUCUUCUUAUAGUCCAACUUCUCAGAUUAUUCACAUAUCAUAUAGAUUGAAUAACUGAUGAAAGGACAGCCCUGAUGCAUACCUUUCCUGAUUUUAAACCCAGCUGUAUCCCCUUGUUCUAUUCCAAUGACUGCCUCUUGGCCUUUGUAUAGGUUCCUCAUGAGCACAAUUAAGUGUUCUGGAAUUUCCAUUCUUUGAAAUGUCCAUAAUUUGUUAUGAUCCAUACAGUUGAAUGCAUGUGCAUAGUCAAUAAAACACGGGUAAACAUCUGUGAUGAUUAAGAGUGUGCGAAUCUUGACUGGGCCAUGAUUCUCUGUUUUGGCAGGCGUGUGUUGUGGUCACUUCCCUGUUGAGAUUUGAUACGAUCACCCCCGUGAUGGUAUCUGCUGUGAGUAGCCAAUCGGUUGAAGAGGAGUUUGGGCAUAUGGCCAGGAUAAAGGGUGGGCAGAUGUCCAGGCAGGACUCAAGGGGCUUUUGCUUGUUACGGAUUCUGAUGCUGGCUCCUGUUCAUCUGACCUUUGGUUCUUUGGACUUGAGCUGGUAGUUUACCUGUGGUUUUGCCUGCCGAUCUUGGGAUUCACCAAUCUUCACAGCCUAUGAGCAGAAACACUGCUCCCUAACCUGCUGAUCUUGGGUUCACCCUGCAGCUGUGUGAAUCAGGAAAAGCAUCUUUCUUGACCCAUGUUACAACCUCUACGUCCGGGUGAACAGUUUUCUUGAUAUAAAUCUCUCUCUCUAUAUAUAUAUAUUUAAACACUUUACUGGUUUUGCUUCUCUAGAAAACCCAGCCUAAGACAACAUCGUUCUAGCAUUCUCUGCUUUCAGCCAAAAUCUAUCUGACAUGAGCAAUGAUAUUCCUCAUUCCACGUCCUCUUCUGAAUCCAGUUUGAAUUUCCAGGAGUUUCCUGUUGGUGUACUCCUGCAACUGUUUUUGAAUUAUUUUCAGCAUAAUUUUACUUGCAUAUAUUAAUGAUAUUGUUUGAUAAUUUGUAGAUUCUGUUAGAUAACUUUCUUUGGAAUGGGCACAAAUACAGAUCUCUUCCCGUCAGUUGGCCAGGUAGUUGUCUUUCAAAUUUCUUGGCAUAGAUGAGUGAACGCUUCCAGUGUUGCAACCGUUUGUUGAAAUACCUCACUCUAUUGGUGUUCCAUCAAUUCCUGGAGACUUGUUUUUCACCAAUGCCUUCAGUGCAGCUUGGACUUCUUCCUUCAGUACCAUUUGUUCUUGAUCAUAUGCUACCUCCUGAAAUGGUUGAAUGUUGGCCAGUGCUUUUUGGUACAGUGACUCUGUAUUCCUUCCAUCUUCUUUUGAUGCUUCCUCUGUCAUUUGAUUUUUUUUUUCCAUAGAAUCCUUCAAUAUUGCAACUCAAGGCUUGAAUUUUUUCUUCAGUUCUUUCAGCUUGAAAAAUGCCUAGUGUGUUCUUCCCUCUUUGUUUUCUAACUCCAGGUCUUUGCACAUACCAUUAUAAUACUGAAUAUUCUCAAGCAGCUCUUUGAAAUCUUCUAUUCAGGUCUUUUACUUCAUCAUUUCGUCUUUCACUAUAGCUACUCUACAUUCAAGAGCAAGUUUCAGAGUCUCUUCUGACUUCCAUUUUGGUCUUUUCUUGUCUUUUUAAUGACCUUUUUAUUUCUUCCUGUAUGAUGUCCUUGAUGUCAUCCCACAACUUGUCUGGUCAUUAGUCUUUAAUGCAUCAAAUCUGUUCUUGAGAUGGUGUCCAAAUUCAGGUGGGAUAUACUCACAGUUGUACUUUGGCUCUCGUGGACUUGUUUUAAUUUUCUUCAGCUUCAACUUGAACUUGCAUAUGAGCAAUUGAUGGUCUGUUCUACAGUCAGCCCUUGGCCUUGUUCUGAAUGAUGAUAUUGAGCUUUUCCAUCAUCUCUUUCCAUAGAUGUAGUUGAUUUGAUUCCUAUGUAUUCCAUCCGGUGAGGUCUACAUGUAUAGUCGCCAUUUAUGCUGUUGAAAACAGGUAUUUGUGAUGUUGUUGGUCUUGCAAAAAUGUGAUCUCCUGCAUCAUUUGUAUCACCAAGGCCAUAUUUUCCAACUACUAGUCCUUCUUUGUCUCCAACUUUUGUGUUCCAAUCACCAAUAAUGAUCAAUGCAUCUUGAAUGCAUGUCUGACCAAUUUUAGACUUCAGAAGUUGGUAAUAAUCUUCAAUUUCUUCAUCUUUGGCACUUUGACUUAGAAAGGUCUGCUCGUAAUUUAAACCCCUCAGGCUUUGAAAGGAGCCCUGGUGGCACAGUGGUUAAGGGCUCUGCUAUUAACCAAAAAGUCAGCAGUCUGAAUCUACCAGCCACUCUUUAGAAACCCUGUGGAGCAGUUCUACUCUGCCUUACAGGGUCACUAUGAGUCGGAAUUGACUGAUGGCAUUGGGGUUUUCAGAGGCUUUGAAAAAAAUAAUAAGCCAUCUUCUGGAGAUGAGUUUGCAAGAGUUGCUCAGUGUAUCACCUGGAGUUCUGUAGGAGACUUUCAUUGCUAUCAAAGCCAGAGGAACAGUGCCUGUGGGGGCUCUAGCAAGAAUCAAAAAAAUAAAAAACCCAAUGCUGUCAAGUCGAUUCCAACUCAUAGUGACCCUAUAGGACAGAGUAGAACUGCCCCAUAAAGUUUCCAAGGUUGUACAUCUUUACAGAAAUACGCUACCACAACUUUCUCCCAUGGAAUGGCUGGUGGUUUCAAACUGCUGACCUUUUGGUUAGCAGCCAAGUACUUUAACCACUGCCCCACCAGACAUCAGUAACGAUCAGGGCCUGGAAUAUGUCUGAGGCUGGAGCUGAGGUUUGGGUUUGAAAGUUGUCUCCAGAUCAGCACUGGCAGGAGGGCCAGGCCCUGCCUCCUGUGGCUUCAAUAAGAAUGCUGAGGCCUGGGGUGGGCAGCAGAUGGGAAAGCUGGCACAGCUGAGCUGCUGUUGGCAAUGCACGAGGCACCCUGUCCAUCACCUUGGGAGACCCUUGGGAGGGUCUACUUCCUGUCUUGUCACUGGGGAUGGGCUUGACCCAAGGCCACAUGGGAAUAAUCAUCUGUCCUCUCAAAUUGGUCCCACCACCUGAGACUUAGCCAGUCUUCUGACUCCAGUUUCUGCAAACUGCCACUUGGCCACCCUUCCUGAGACAUUGUGUUCAUCACGUAUCUUCCACACUCGGACCUUUUAAAGGAAGAACUAAAGGAACUAAAAGCCUGCUGGGCGGCAGACAUUUUCUUAUACAUAAUUUUAUUUAAUUCUCAUGACCCUGUUCACACACACGUGUGUUAGGUAGGAUUAAUUCUGUGUUUUAUGGAUGAGAAAACCAAGGCUUAGAGAGGUGAAGCAACUAACUCAUACAACUCCUAAGCAGAGGAGCAGGGAUUUGAAUCCAAGCCUCUCUCGAUUUAAAACCCAUGAUUUCUUUUCACCCCUUUGCCACUCUGUCUCCCUAUUCCUUAACAAGUUCAUACUUGUCAAUCUUCUGGGGCCCACAGUCCUGUCCAAAUCUUGGCCAUAAUCAAAUCAGCUUGACCGAGGCCACCCUUUGCUCCCCUCACUCAAAUGUAGAUCACAGGGCAGUUUACCAAGUGGACAGGCUGCUCAGAUCUGUUCUGUUGGCUAUGUAUGGAUCUGUGGUUGUUGUCUACCAUUUUGUUCUCAAGUAACUGAGAUUCCUGUAUAGAUCUGUAUUUCUGGCUCCUUACGAAAAGUGUCAAGGUGUGGCAGUUUGCCCUGUAUUCCCACUGGAUAACAACCUGCUAGAGCUAAGUAGCAACUCACCAUUUUAGACAACCUUUGAGACACGCAAAUUUCCCUGGCUGGCUUCCCUCCUUUCCAUUGCCCUGCUGACCUCUGUGGAGAUCCUUACUCUACAGUGUCAUUGCCUGUGAUUACUUAAGGUUAUUCAAAAACAUUUCUUUAGCUAGAGGGCCAGAUCUACAGGCAUAGGGACUAGGUUUUCAGCUACUUGAGUUGAAUUCUAGAAUCUUUGACACUGGAAUGGAGCCUGGAGUUCCCUCUGUAACAUCCCUCUGGUUGUCAGGAUUGAACCCAUCCAAGGAAGAGUGAAGGUGGCAGGACACAGAGGCACACAGAGGGGGAAACAACCAGGAUGCAGACUGAUAAAGCCAACACACAGCAUCCUCCAAAGUCUCUCCAGCUCCCCUCAAGGGGCACACUCUCUCCAGGGCCAAAGCCAGAAGACGGGUUGGCUGUACAGUCUAAUCAAUGUCUAUAGCUUACAGUUUUUAAAACGAGAACAACAGAUUGAGGAUGGAGAAGUAAAACAAUGGUCCAAGAGACUGAAGGUAGCACAGUUUAGCCCACACUCUUAAGGGGCAGGGUUCAGGUCACAAUAGAGGUAAUUCUGGAGGGGAAUGGGAGGUGCUUGUCAGGCUCAGCGUGGCAUUGGAGUCUAAAAACAGCGAUGGCCAUCCUCACACAGUCGUACGAGCUCCUAAGGUGGGUGCCCUAGCUAAAGACUCAAGACCUGAAUCCUGACUGCCCCUUGUCCCCUGGGGCUGCAUUAGUUACCAUGUUGUUGUUGGUUGCCUUUGAGUCAACUCUAACUCAUGUGUCAGAAUAGGACUGUGCUCCACAGGGUUGUGCCGGAGUAAAGCAAAGCAAUAGGAACACCAAAAUCUCAGCAGUUUAACACAACAAAAGCUUCUCACAUACGCAAGAGGACUGCCAUCAGGCCACUCCCCAGGACAACUGUUCUUCCUGAAGCAAUUUAGCUGACACCCACACUGGUCCACUGCCAUCCUCUCCCCUCCAUCUCCCACGGACACCUGUCUUGCUCAGUCCUAUCUAAUGGCUCAAUACCUAUUUGUAAAGAUUUGAUCAGAUUCCUAUUUUAAGGUCAUAUCCCAUUGUCGUCAAGUCGAUUCCGACUCAUAGCGACCCUAUGGAACAAAGGAGAACUGCCCCACAGGGCUUCCAAGGAACAACUGGUGGAUUCGAACUGCCUACCUUGUAGUUAGCAGCCGAACACUUAACCACUGUGCCAUAAUAUGAACUAGCAGUGUCUUCCUGAGAAGGACCUGGCCACAGAGUAAGGACAA